UGUGAGGUAAUCUUGAAUGGCGUAAUAAGAUUUCAGUGUCUACUACGAAUAUUGACUUCUGCUAGGUGGCACACGGAGUCUGAGGAUGCCUCAUUAACAGCAACAUGUUGGACUUAGAUGCAGCAAGGAAACGGACAACAGACAGAGUAUGUGAGGAGGUGUGAUUCUUUAAACAAUGGACUAAAACAAACAUACUGUUUGUGGACAGAAACAGUGGACCUCCACCAUCUUGCCAUGGAGGGCUCAACUGUAAGAAAAAAACCCGGAUAUGGACAACACAAAAAAGAGAGUUCUGUUGGCCGCCAGAGGCUGUCCCGUCAGUCCACAGCAGACUGCAGCGGUGACGAGGUCCUUCAGCCCAGGAAACUCAACGGUUCCUCAGUGGAGACACCAAGCUACCAGAACCUGCACCGGGAACUGCUGCUCAGCCAUAAACGGGGCCUGCUAUUGGAGGAGAAACCAGAGCUGCAGAGAGUGUUGGAGCAGCGCAGACUGGAGCUGCACAAGGAGGAGGAGAUGGCACGACAGCAGCCCUCAGAUCUGGAGACGGAGCUCCGUAAGAGGCAGCAGAAGCUGCAAGAGUAUGAGCAGGAGGAGAUCAGGCGGCUGGAGAACCAGCAGAAGAUCCCAGAGUUUGUCCGUGUGAAGGACAACCUGAGGCGGACACAGACGUCUGAGCAGUGAUGCCCCGAGGCUCCCUUCAGCCCCUGCAACAUCUCACCAUAGUGGCCCUAUCUUCAUGUUCCCUGUCUGCUGAGUUAUAU